AUGGCCCAGGGCUUGAUUGAAGUGGAGCGAAAGUUUGUUCCAGGGCCUGACACAGAGGAAAGGCUGCAGGAGUUGGGGGGCAUCCUGGAACACCGGGUCACCUUCCGAGACACCUACUAUGAUACUUCUGAGCUAAGCCUUAUGCGGUCUGACCACUGGCUGCGACAACGAGAAGGUAGUGGAUGGGAGCUCAAAUGCCCUGGAGUAGCGGCUAUCUCAGGACCCCACAAUGAGUAUGUGGAACUCACAUCGGAAUCUGCAAUUGUGGCCCAGCUCUUUGAACUGCUGGGGACUGGGGAGCCGGAGGCUGCAGGUGUGCCUGCCGUCUUGGGUCCCCUGAAGCUGCAGGAAGUAGCUAGUUUUAUAACUACACGAAGUUCCUGGAAGCUGGCCUUAUCUGGUGCCCAUGAACAGGAGCCACUGCUCAGAGUGGAUCUGGAUUCGACAGACUUCGGCUAUGCUGUGGGUGAGGUAGAGGCCAUGGUUCGUGAGAAGGCUGAAGUAGGAGCUGCCCUGGAGAAGAUCUUGAGCUUCAGCAGCAUGCUUGGUGAGGGAGACAGGCCCUUCUGUGUGUGCUCAGCAGCAUGCUUGGUGAGGGAGACAGGCCCUUCUGUGUGUGCUCAGCAGCAUGCUUGGAGUGCCAGCACAGGAGAAGGCACCCGCCAAGCUCAUGGUAUACCUACAGCUCUUCAGGCCUCUGGACUAUCAGCGCCUGCUGGAAGCGAACAGUUCCGGCGAAGCCACAGGGGACUCAACAUCCUGACAGCAGUUUAUGGGAGCAGGGUUCACUUUCUAGGAGGGAAGGGGACUCUCGGAAGCCGCCAUCCACUCCUGGACCCACUGUGCUCCUUCCCUCACAACAGAGCUGCUUUUGUCCCCAGUCCUGCCGGGUCUUUCACCCCUUCUCAGCUACCCUUCCUCAAGCCCUCCCUCACCGCUUCCCUCAUCCGUCAGAUGCAAUCUGUGGGCCGCCCCUCUCCCCUGGCCGCUAAGCAGCCUCCAUUGAUUUCCGCUCGUGUUUAUAGGAUUUCCACUUAGCCGUGAUCAGUAGUUAAGCACAGGAAAAUCCCUUGCCACCCCCCCCUCCCGUGGUCGAUGCCAUUGAUUCUGCCAGCAGCUCUGAAGCCGCCUUACAGCUGAGUUAGAGAUGCGGGGAAGCGGCAGGGAUUUCCCUGCCUUGGGGUGUAGGGAAUAGAAACAAGGUGGAGGAAUGGUUGGGAACUUCUGUUCGAAAUCUGGAAAUUCUGCUGGGUCUGUCACUGUGACCAGAGAGUAGAGUGCCCUGUAUGGCAGUUUAGAGAUAAAUUUUGCUCUCCAACCCAGAGAGGGGUAGAAAGAAAAUCGUCAUUGUUGAGACAGGUUCCUGGGGUUUCAGGACAUCAUACUUCUGUGGAGAAGGCUCUACCCUUGUUCCUACUCACUUUCUUUCUCACUAGGUCAAAAUAUGCCUUUCUGCCCACCUCAGGUUUCAUAGGCUUUCAUUAUUUGUCGGGCAGGAGGCAGUCUCUUCAGAUUGUGGUGACAAAUUCAGGGCCAGAGUGCCACCUGCUGUCAGCCCUCAGGGCUGUGUUCCCAGCUGAGGGUGCAGAAAGAUUUCAGGUGAGCCGUGGCAGUUAUGAGGCAGGCUAGUUUAGGCCCCAGCUAGGCAACCUGGAACUCCACUUGGUUUGAGCUGUACACGCCUCUCAUCCGACAGUGCACUUGGCAUCCUGGGAUCCUCGCCUGCAUGUACUGUGUACACACAUCCUUCUAACAACACACCUAGGACUCCCACCUGUCCUGAGUUACAUUUAUGUCCCACUUCAGACAAUGGAAUAAGCCUCUCCUCCCCCAGCAGACAUAAAAACUCUCCCCUUUUGUGGACAGUUUGUAUUCAAACAUUUUAGAACAUACCCGAGUAUGGAAAAUAGGGAGCUGAUUGGACCUAGACGGGUUUUGGGUACAAGCAGGGUAAGGUAGACCAUGUCCUUUAGGUGAACUUUUAAGGCAAAUCUCCUAUUUACCGUCCUGUGCCUAUGUAGAAUGAGCAUAUGACUAAAAUCAGAUGCAUCAUGGGAGGGGUCAUGCACAGUGAAGAAAGGCUUACAGAAUCCAAGCCUGUCAAUCAAAAUAGAGAACCAUUCAAAUUAUGCCACUUGGCAAUGACCUCUUCCUUCCCGUAAGACCCCAUUAGAGCAGCACCAGGCAGUGACCCUGGGCCCUGAGUACUGUGGCCCCUGCUCUUCACGGUGUAUUCUGAUUUGUACUGUCACUUCGCUUUUGAAUAAAGUUGCCUUGCUACUUGCAA